UUUGAAGUUGAAGUGUGGUUUGAAGUUUGAAGUGUAAGAGAAUUGCAAUGUGGUUUUACAAAAUAUGAAUAAGCUUUUAUUUGAUUAUUAUAAAUAACUUGUAUAUAACUGUGUUUAUAAAUGAUUGAUCACACUAUUAUGAAUAUCGACAAUACUUGCGACGAACCAGCCAACAAAAAGCGUAAAACUAAAAAUGGAUGUCAUAUUGAAACAGCCGACAAUGAGAAAAAAAUUAUGUCUUCAACCUCCUUUCAAAAGAGUUCCAAAAUUCGAAAGAGGCAUGUGGCUAGUUUUCGUCUGAAAGCCACUGGAGAAACUGCAGCAUUAACAGUACCUGCUGCUAGUCGAAUACCAGUGCUGCUUACUGAUAUACAACAUUUAUUGUUACAUUCACUUCUAGGAAACCUAAAUUUAACUCAAUCUCCUCGCUGGUAUGUGUUAGACAAAUGUAGUCAUAUAAGUAAAACAACUUGUCUCAUAAUUGAAGGACUUUCAAUUAAGCAUUGGGAGAAAUAUGAAGACACCAUGGUGAAAACUAGGAAAAUAUUUGAUAAUGUUGUAGAAAUCCUUACACCAUCAGUUUAUGGUGGAUCUUUAGUUAAAGAACUGGCAUUGGUACCUUUGUCUGAAACUGAGAAAGAAAGCAUAAUACAACAGUAUGGCAGUAUGAACUUAGCUUUGGAAGUGAGAAAAGAUUUAAUGAUUAUGAUGAAAGCUGUUUUUCCCAUAAGAGAUGGAAUAUCUGAAGAUUUUGAAACCACAAAUCUUGAUGAAAAAUUUCCAAGAACUCAACUUAUACUAUCAGCUUGGCAAUUAAUUGAAGAAAAUUAUCCAGUUCCUUUAAAAGGGAAAUUAAAAAAUGCAUAUGCAGAUUAUGUUAUGUCAAAAAGUGAGUAUAAACCUGUAACAGUAACAUCUCCAAUGUUUGGUAUUGAUUGUGAAAUGUGCCUUACUGGUGCUGGCUCUGAGCUGACUCGUGUGUCUGUGGUGAAUGAAAAACAUGAGACUGUUUAUGAAUCUUUAGUAAAACCUUAUAAUAAUAUUACUGAUUAUUUGACUAGGUAUUCUGGUAUUACUAAAUCAUUAUUACAAAAUGUUAGUAAAAGACUAGAAGAUGUUCAAAAAGAAUUAAGAGAGUUGUUACCUCCUGAUGCCAUUCUGGUGGGCCAGUCUUUGAAUACAGAUUUACAUGCCUUGAAAAUGAUGCAUCCUUACAUAAUAGAUACAAGUUUGAUUUAUAAUUUUACUGGAGAAAGAACAAGAAAACCAAAACUAAAAACUCUUGCAAAAGAAUUUCUUCAAGAAGACAUCCAAAAAGGGACUAUGGGUCAUUGUUCAGUGGAAGAUUCUCUGGCAUCUUUAAAAUUAGUUCAGCUUAAGCUUAGCAAAAGCAUAGAAUUUGGAGAUGCAGUGCACACUAAUAGACAGAAAUAUAAAGAAAAUGCUAUAAAAAUGGCUAUACAACCACAUUAUGCUUUAUCAAUUUUUAAUCAUAUUAUUGAACAAAAGAAAACAUCUUUAGUUGUCGGUUGUGAUAAUAUUACUGGUGAUUAUCAUACAUUUCUAACGCAAGCCAAAGAAAGUCUUUGUACCCAGCUCAAAAAAAAUAAAUUGAAAAAGGUAAAACUAAAUACAGUUGAUGGAAUAGAAGAUGUCAUCUCGACGAUAACAGAGACAGAUGAUUACAAUUUAGUAAUGGGUCAUUUAAAACUUGAUGAAGAUAGUGAUGACAUGAAAAUUGUAAAUAGAGUAGAUGAAUGGAUUGCGAACAUUUGGAAUGGUCUAAAACAAUCUGCUUUGUGUGUGAUUGUGUUUGGUGGUACAACUAAAGAAAAUGGUAUUGCUAUGAUGAAAGUAAAAGGUACUUCACAUGGAAGUAUUAAAUAGUUAUAUUUAUCAAA